AUGGUAUCAGCAAGUCCUCGCCGAGUGCUGUCUGGAGCCUACUCGUGUCCAGAGCGUUUGAGUGCUGGGUGCGCCAGCCAUCACCCGCCCAUCCCGCGAGAACUACUGUGCCGCUCUCAGGACAGGGAGGUCGAGUGGCCGAGUCGUGGAGUGCGGGGUUGA